UCCAAAGAGCAUUUUUGCUGGUAUCUCUGGGAUACUCCUGGGGCUUUUCCUGCAUUUUCAAGGAUGUUCCUUUCCCAAGUCCUCUGCAGACUGAAAGCUAAUGCAUUAAUUCCAUAUAUAUUUUUUGUUUAACAGGCUUUUUUAAUGUCUGGCAUCAAAAACUCUUAUAUUUUUGUAUCAUUUAACCCACAGCGAUUUCAGCAGUGGAGAAAUAAUAAUAAAAGAGGAAAAAUAACUUAAAAAAGAAAAAAAAAAGAUGUCGAGGCAAGCUUUCCUGUGCAGUUUGGGAUCUCUUUAUUUCUCUCUGCUCUUCAUCUUCCUCUCGAUGGAUGUUUAUGCCAGGCCUGCAAAUAAUUCCGUGCUGAAGGAAAAAGCAGCUGAGGGCAAAGAGGAGAACGAGAUCCUGCCCCCGGAUCACCUGAACGGCGUCAAGAUGGAGAUGGAUGGACACCUGAACAAGGAAUUCCAUCAGGAGGUUUUCCUGGGAAAAGACAUGGAGGAAUUCGAGGAGGAUUCAGAGCCCAGGAGGAACAGGAAGAAGCUGAUGGUGAUUUUUUCCAAGGUGGAUAUAAAUAAUGAUAAAAAAAUCAGUGCCAAGGAAAUGCAACGUUGGAUCAUGGAAAAAACAGAUGAGCAUUUCCAGGAGGCCGUAGAGGAGAACAAAAUGCAUUUCCGAGCUGUGGACCCUGAUGGGGAUGGUCACGUGUCCUGGGAUGAAUAUAAAAUUAAAUUCUUGGCAAGUAAAGGCUUCAAUGAAAAGGAAAUUGCAGAGAAAAUCAAAAACAACGAGGAAUUGAAAAUAGAUGAAGAAACGCAGGAGGUGCUGGACAACCUGAAGGAUCGCUGGUACCAGGCAGACAAUCCCCCUCCGGACCUGCUGCUGAGCGAGCAGGAGUUCCUGUCCUUCCUGCACCCUGAGCACAGCCGCGGAAUGCUGCACUUCAUGGUGCAGGAGAUCAUCCGCGACCUGGAUCAGGACGGGGAUAAGAAGCUGACGCUGUCGGAGUUCAUCUCCUUGCCCGUGGGCACUGUGGAGAACCAGCAGGCACAGGACAUCGAUGAUGACUGGGUGAGGGACAGGAGGAAGGAAUUCCAGGAGGUCAUCGACGCCAACCACGACGGGAUCGUCACCAUGGAGGAGCUGGAGGAGUACAUGGAUCCCAUGAACGAGCACAACGCGUUGAAUGAGGCGCGGCAGAUGAUCGCCGUGGCCGACGAGAACCAGAACCACCACCUGGAGCUGGAGGAGAUCCUCAAGUACAGUGAAUAUUUCACUGGCAGCAAACUCAUGGAUUACGCCCGUAAUGUCCACGAGGAAUUCUGAGCUUCCUCUCCCCUUUUCCGGAACUUUCCGUUUCCUAAAAAAACGACAAAAAAAAUCCCGGGGAAAAAGGACUCAGCCGAGCCACAAGAAUUCUUCACCGCUGUUGCUGCUCCUUGCUCAGAGUUUUCUCAAAUUCCCGGUUUUCCGUCCAUCCCUGGGAUCUGCAGCUCCUUGCUGGGAGAAAUCGUGGAAAUUCCUGGAUUCUGGCAGUUUUCCUCCCUGGUUUGUGGGGUUGGAUCCAGCUGGAAUUCUGGCUGGUCUGGUUGGGGAGAAUCCUGAAAUAUUCCCUUGUUGCCUUCAGCUGCUGAUCCACGGAAUCCCAAAUAAAGGUUGGAUUUUGGGAAGGGAACGGCGAUUCCAAGGAAUGUUUGUCCUCCUCACCCAGUUCCAUUUGGGAGGCUCCUUAAAUUUCUUCCCUCACAGCAGCUGAUCCAGGGAAUCCCAGAUAAAACUUGGAUUUUUGGAAGGGAACUGUGAUUCCAAGGAACGUUUGACCUCCUGGGAAUUGCCCUCACAGCUGCUGAUCCAGGGAAUCCCAGAUAAAAUUUGGAUUUUGGGAAGGGAACGGUGAUUCCAAGGAAUGUUUGUCCUCCACACCCAAUUCCAUUUGGGAGGCUCCUUGAACACUCCCUUGUUUGCUUUUUCCAGCUGCUGAUCCAGGGAAUCCCAUAUCAAAGUUGGAUUUUGGGAAUUUUGGUAGUUCCAAGGAAUGUUUGACCUCCUGGGAAUAUCCACACUCAAUUCAAGGUGUUUUUCUCACCUUCCUGAAGAGUUACUGGGAAUUUAAUGGAAUUUUUCACCUCUUUUCAGGGGGCUGUGGGGAAGAAUUUAUUUAAAAUGUUAAAGAAA